UGCCAAAUUGUCAGGCCAAGGUCAGGCCACGAGGGAAGAGUACAAUUCAGCGGCGCAUCAGGCAUCAGCCAGCCACACCGAGUCGAUAUCACGGUUGCCGUGAAUCCCAUAAAUACGAAAUCCCCUUCUGACCUACCCUUCUUUGAGCAAAAUUGAAAUUCCCUUCUUUCCGCUUCCCCAAUCUUUCCCCACUGAUUCAAUCCUCGACCAGAAACAAUGAGCUGGUGGUGGGCUGGCGCCAUUGGAGCCGCUAAGAAGAAGCUCGAUGAAGAAGAGCCGCAGCGAAACUACCAGAGCGUGGCCCUAGUAGUGGGCGUCACCGGAAUCGUGGGCAACAGCUUAGCCGAGAUCCUCCCGCUCGCCGACACUCCCGGCGGCCCAUGGAAGGUCUACGGCGUAGCUCGCCGCCCUCGCCCCAAUUGGAACUCCGACCACCCCAUCGAAUACGUCCAGUGCGACAUCUCCAACGCCGCCGACGCCGAAUCUAAGCUCUCCGCCCUCGCCGAUGUCACUCACAUCUUCUACGUCACGUGGGCAAGCUGCCCCACCGAGGCCGAGAACUGCGAGAUCAAUGGCAGAAUGUUCAGGAACCUCCUCGCCGCCGUAGUCCCGAACGCCCCGAAUCUCCAGCAUAUUUGCCUUCAGACUGGCACAAAACACUACGUCGGACCCUUUGACUCCUUUGGCAAAAUCCAACCCCACGAUCCUCCCUUCACAGAAGAUCUCCCGAGGUUGAACUCCCCCAAUUUCUACUACACAUUGGAAGAUAUCCUCUAUGAAGAAGCCGGUAAAAGGGAAGGGUUAUCAUGGUCCGUACACCGGCCAGAUCAAAUUUGGGGGUUUUCUCCCUACAGCAUGAUGAACAUGAUUGGGACACUCUGCGUCUACGCUGCCAUAUGUAAGCACGAGGGUUUGCCUCUGAUUUUUCCCGGGACGAAAGCUGCCUGGAACUGUUACGCAAACUCGUCGGACGCUGACCUGAUCGCCGAGCAUCAUAUAUGGGCGGCGGUGGAUCCUUAUGCGAAGAACGAGGCGUUUAAUACAAUGAACGGGGAUGUAUUCAAGUGGAAGCAUUUGUGGAAGGUGUUGGCAGAGCAGUUUGGGAUAGAGAAUUAUGGGUUUGAAGAGGAUGCAGAGAAGAGAGUGAGCUUGGUGGAAAUGAUGAAGGACAAGGGACCGGUUUGGGAAGAGAUAGUGAAGCAGAAUCAGCUCGAGCCGACGAGGUUGGAGGAAGUUGCGACUUGGUGGUUUGUGGAUUUGUUGUUUGGUGGGGAGGCUGUUCUUUCGAGCAUGAACAAGAGCAAGGAGCAUGGGUUCUUGGGGUUCCGGAAUUCAAAGAGCUCGUUCAUUUCCUGGAUUGAUAGGGUGAAGGGUUUCAAGAUUGUGCCCUGAACCAAAUUGCAGCUGCUUGUGAUGGUUUUGCGUGAGUUUGGAAUGUAGUAUUGUUUGUUGUUGUAUUCUGUUUGAUAACUGUGAAAGCUUGGAGAUUUUCUUUUCUGUUUCCUUCUCUUGAUCCCUGGUUUCUAAAUAAGUCAGUUCUGUUGUAAAAACAUUUCAUCUAUUUGUUUAUUUGAUGUUGGGGAUUGAUUGAUAAUAGUGAUUCACAAACAAUGUGGCUUCCAAUUCAUUGAG